AUGCUUCGAAAGAACUUCGACUGGAAUACUUUUACAUCACAUACAACCGAAGCAAACUUUCAACCGGAACUAUGGGAUGAUGACAGUGCCUGUCGUGUUACUGUCAGCGUUGAGUACAAUGUGAAAGGAGAUGAUUAUGUGAAUGUGAUUUAUGGUGAAGCCGUAAAUGAUACAUGUGAUUAUAUGACGUUCGAAACUUCGUUCACAUUAGAGUAUGAUCAACAAUCAAUGGUGAGCUAUAUCGACUACGUUUGUUCGUCAAAUAAUUUUUGUGAACAUUCAUUUGUUGGUCAAUGGGUGAAAGAAUUACUUGGCACCAAAAAUAAUCCUCUACACACUGCGAUCACUUAUAUACUAUCGAAUUCUUCUGAAUUAACCAAAUGUAAUUGGAAACAUGCAACAUCCGAAUGUGCAAGUCAUUUGUGCUUCGCACUUUACGAUGAAUUGAAAAACGUUCCUUUGAAAAAUGGCAGUUGCCUCGCAAACCGAUCAUCAGGUUCGGUUUAUAUCUAUGUGAACACCAAACUGAUCGACUCUAUACAAAUUUCACCAAUUGAACUUGACUACAAAUGCAUGAAAAACAGAUUCACUCAAGAGCUAUUCUAUGAAUUCAUAAAUCAUCAACAUCUUAGUGAAAAUACAGAAGGCUUGACUUGCCCACAACAAUCAUUUACCAGUAUACCAGUUAACCUUCGCUCAGCAAACUUUUCACUCACUCUUAAUGAAUUGGGCCAACAAAUGAAACCAUUAUUAGACAAUAUUAACCGCUGUGACAUCUACAUGGAAGCCGACUAUCGCCAGGAAGAUGGUCAUAUAACCGUCACCUACAAAGAACCUAAGCAUGAUGCAGAUAAAUACAUGAGUUUUGACAUGAUACUUGCAUCAGAAAGUUCGAUACCGUCCAUAUGGAGUCGAAUGUACUAUAUAUGUUUGCCGCCUUAUUCAUGCGAUCGAAAGUUAGUCAACAAAUGGAUUCGAUGGUUAAUUGAUAUCAAUAGGCAACAUUUACAAAUUGAAUCAAAACUUUCAACAGAAAAUACCGUUCAUUCAUAUGAAUGUAAUAUUUGGAGUCACACCGUUGAUAAUUCAGUUGAUGUAUGUUUUGCGUACAAGUAUAAACAGAUGGAAUCAGGUUUGCCUCGUACUUCAUGUUCACGUUUCGAGCACAAAAAAACGCCAGUAUAUAAACAUGUUACUGAUGAAAUUCUGCAACAAUGCGUUCCCAAAACUUCACUGGAUGAUAUACCAACUGUAUCAAGCUCCAUCGCUGUAGAUUUACCAAUCGAUCGAGAUCAUCGUUCUGAUGAGAUCAAAUCAUUGAACUUAAAUCCAAAAGUGAAAUCGAAUCAUAUAAGUCAAUCGACAACUGUGAUGAGUGCAUCAUCUACAACGACGACCGCAGCACCGUCCAUGGAUCCAAAAUCCUCAUAA